AUGGGUUGUGGAGGUUCAGCUCCUGCUAACAAAGACAAGCAUGUGGGUGCAGAUCCACCAAAACCUUCAGAGCAUUCGGAACAUUCAAAACCUUCAGAUCCUUCAGAUCCUGCUGAUGCUACUCGAUUUAAGCAGUUUUGCACACUUCCACUACAUGACAAGGAUAAGCCAGUUGCUGCUGCAGCAAUUAGGGUUACCGACCCCAAGUGUAUUUCGGAUAUUUUACCUCCGGAAUUCCUUGAGGGAAAGAAGGUGCAUAAUGAAUUUUGUGCAAUUACUCUCUCCUUCGAUGAUGGAAAGCCGGAGGAUGAAGGCCUUUUUGAGAAGUUGAAGGAAUUGGAAGGUACUUCCAUCGAAUUGAAACCAACCCAUAUUGUGAUGAAUGAAAAAGUCGCCGCCAUUGGGGUGUGUAAUAAUGAUGAAUUCCCCUGCCAGGACGCACACCCGCAUAUCCUCGUUGCAACUGCUCCAGAUGCCACACAGGAAGAUAUUGAUGAUGUAACCAAGAAAGGAAAGAUUAAGAUAUUUUGCGCGAGAAAACUUCCCGAUCUGCCACCUGAUAUCACCAUCCCAGGCGAGUUUCGUUUCAUGCACUGGUGA